AAUUCUUUAGACUGUUCCUUAGUGACUCAGGCUGGUGUCAAACUCAAGAUGGUCAUGUCUCAGUGCUGGAAUUGCAGGUGUACCCAUUGUGGCCAUUUUCCUCGAUUCCAGAAUGCAGCAGGGGACACGAGUUAAGAUUUCCCCUCACGUGCAGAGUGUGUUGAGAAGCCAGGUCCUCAGAGGGAUUGACAGGGUGAUAAGCAAGUGAAGCUGAUAAGAAAAUCCUCUUAGGUUUGGGCGGGUUCUCUGAAGGAAGUCGAUAGCAACGUGGAGAGGCCUACUCCUGCGAUAAGAUGACUGGGUUUGUCAGAAGAGGUCGGGCUUUCGAGGCUCAGCAGAGGGUACCAGGCGUAGCCGCCUGUGGAACAGGACAGGAGAUGCAAGGGAUAGAAGAGCAGCUGCAGCAUGAGAGGAGCGGUAGUCACGGGGUGGGGUGGGUCAGCUGGCUGACUGGCAGGGCCACUUGCUGAAGAACUGAGAGGAGGAUGAUGGUUCCAAAUGCCACAAGAAGGCAACCUGAAGUGCAUAAGGGAACAGGAAUGGCUGACUGACAAUGACCGACUUGUAUUUGUGGCAUAGCCCUCUAGCUACUGGCAGAGAGCGGUAAGAACUCCACUCUGAAGCCACGGGAGCAUUCUAUGGGAAAGUGAUGUGGAGUGGAGCAGGGGAUGGUCCUGGAGAUGGAAAAUGGCAGGAGGAACAACAUCAUCUUCGGUAGGAAAGAGAGUUGGCUUCCUUGUGUGAAUACCCAGCAGAUUGUUGUAUGGGAGGAACUAAGAACCAGAAGUCCGCCAUCUGCAUUUUGUACCAGCACACACAAUCCCUUCUAAGAGUCCAUGUUGAUCUUGGAAGUGGAAGGAUUUAAGAGAGUGACGUUUCCACAGAGAGCAAGAACCUUACCAUCUCCUGUAGCUCUGAAGGCUGGCAGACAAUGGAUAUCAUAGAGACAGCAAAACAUGAAGGUCAUUUGGAAAACCAAACCAGUAACUCUCCCGACACUUACACCAGUCCUGCUGAAGCUGUCGAAGAAGAAAACAAAAACGGCAAUGGUAAACCCAAGAGCUUGUCCAACGGGCUACGGAAGGGCGCCAAAAAGUACCCGGACUACAUCCAGAUUUCUAUGCCCACUGACUCCAGGAACAAGUUUCCCCUGGAGUGGUGGAAAACGGGCAUUGCCUUUGUGUACGCUCUCUUCAACCUUGUCCUGACGACUGUCAUGAUCACAGUCGUGCACGAGAGGGUCCCUCCCAAGGAGCUCAGCCCUCCACUCCCAGACAAGUUUUUUGAUUAUGUCGACCGGGUCAAAUGGGCAUUUUCUGUAUCAGAAAUAAAUGGGAUUGUAUUAGUUGGGUUAUGGAUCACCCAGUGGCUUUUUCUGAGAUACAAGUCUAUAGUGGGGCGCAGAUUCUUCUUUAUCAUCGGAACGCUAUACCUAUAUCGCUGCAUAACUAUGUACGUCACUACGUUACCUGUGCCAGGAAUGCACUUCCAGUGUGCCCCAAAGCUCAACGGAGACUCCCAGGCAAAAAUACAGCGGAUUCUCCGGUUAAUUUCUGGUGGGGGUUUGUCCAUAACGGGAUCGCACAUCCUGUGUGGAGACUUCCUCUUCAGCGGUCAUACCGUUGUGCUGACACUUACCUACUUGUUCAUCAAAGAAUAUUCUCCGCGGCACUUCUGGUGGUAUCAUCUGGUCUGCUGGCUGCUGAGUGCUGCCGGCAUCAUCUGCAUCCUCGUGGCGCACGAACACUACACCGUCGACGUGAUCAUUGCUUACUACAUCACGACACGGCUGUUUUGGUGGUACCAUUCCAUGGCCAACGAAAAGAACUUGAAAGUCUCUUCCCAGACAAAUUUCUUGUCUCGGGCUUGGUGGUUCCCCAUCUUCUAUUUCUUCGAGAAAAACGUCCAAGGCUCAAUUCCUUGCUGCUUCUCCUGGCCACUGUCCUGGCCCCCUGGCUGCUUCAAGUCCUCGUGCAAAAAGUAUUCACGGGUCCAGAAGAUCGGGGAGGAUAACGAGAAGUCUACGUGAGCUGCCGCCCCGGCAGCAGCUUUUCCACCAAAACAAUCCGUGCUGUAACCAAAGACGCAGCUUCGUAUUUAUUUUCAGAGACCUGACUGGUAAAUAGAGUGGACCAAAUUUUGUGCAAAAGAUCGGAGCAACGAAUGAAGUAUUACCUUUUGGCUUUUUUUUUUUUAAAAUUCAUCCCAAGAAACAUAUAUUUUCCUGCUGCUCUUCACUCGUGGGUGACAAAGCCUCCCAACUGGGAUCCUAAAGAGGUGGCAUUAACCCGCUGUGCCUCUCGUUCUUUCUCCACUUCCAGAUUCUUUCCAGAUGUUUUUUUCCCCUUCAAGGUCAGAAGAGUUUGCUAAUGUUGUGAAAUAAAGUGUCUGGAUUACA